AUACAGAACGUGCCCAGGUAUGUUCUGUGUAUACAUGUAUUGAAGUUUUACUUGUCUUAUUAUUAUUAAAAUAACGGUUGUUAAUACAUUAUUGAUAUUGACACAAUUAAGAGUACAGAAAUACAGGAAAGGCUAUUAAAAAAGAAAUGGAUGUCCAAAAUGUUAAAGAAGAAAUAGAUAAACACGACGAUUUCCUGUUAAAUAUCGAUAUAAAAAAAGACUUAAUUGACGAAGUAUCUACAAUAAAAAUUCAAAAUACAAAUGAACAAAUAUAUGGAAUUCAUUCAAUCAAACAUGAAAUCGACGAUGACCUGAAUACUAAUAAAAUAUUUGAUAAUAAUGUGGAUGCAACUAAUAAAACAGAAAGGAACAUUUCGAGUUCUCAAUUUAUACUAAACAAAAAGGAAUAUUCGAAAGUUGCCCAUAAAAAAGGAAUUAAUUUAAAAGUUGCAGGGUUGAUAAGAGAUGGAAAAUAUUUGCACCCAAAUGCUAUGGGGCUAAUGAUAUGUGUAUAUUGUGGGAAAUUAUACACAAAACAAGUGGAAUUAUUAUGCCACAUAACAAUAAAUCAUUGUAUAAAAGGAAACAAUUUUUAUAAGAUGAAAAUUCACCAUAAAAUUAGAAGUGGUACAUGUAUUAUGAAAAAUAUUAAUAUAAAAGAUGAAAUUGAAGAAACUGAUGAAAACUUCAAGACACAUUUGCAUGGUCAUUCAGGAGAAAAGCCAUUCAAAUGUGAUAUUUGUUUAAAAACUUUUUCAGAUAGCAGUUAUUUAAAGACACAUUUGCGUAAUCAUACAGGAGAAAAGCCAUUCAAAUGUGAUAUUUGUUUGAAACCAUUUUCACGGAAAAUUAAUUUGAAGACACAUUUGCGUUAUCAUACAGGGGAAAAGCCAUUCGAAUGUGAAAUUUGUUUGAAAAAUUUUUCGCAUAAAAGUCACUUAAAGGUACAUAUGUGUAGUCAUACAGGAGAAAAGCCAUUUAAAUGUGACAUUUGUUUGAAAACUUUUCCACAUAAAGGUAACUUGAAGAAACAUUUGCGUUAUCAUACAGGAGAAAAGCCAUUCAAAUGUGAUAUUUGUAUUAAAACUUUUACACAGUCCAAUGAUUUGAAAAGACAUUUGCGUAGUCAUACAGGAGAAAAGCCUUUCAAAUGUGACAUUUGUUUGAAAACAUUUUCAGAUAGGAGUAAUUUGAAGACACAUAUGCGUAGUCAUACAGGAGAAAAGCCAUUCAAAUGUGAUAUUUGUUUUAAAAUGUUUUCACAGUCAAGUGAUUUGAAGACACAUUUCCGUAGUCAUACAGGAGAAAAGCCAUUCAAAUGUGACAUUUGUUUGAAAAAUUUUUCACGUAUUGGAAACUUAAAGUCACAUUUGCGAAGUCAUACUGGAGAGAAGCCAUUCAAAUGUGACAUUUGCUUAAAAACUUUUUCAGAUAGCAGUUAUUUAAAGAUACAUUUGCGUAGUCAUACAGGAGAGAAGCCAUUCAAAUGUGAUAUUUGUUUGAAACCAUUUUCAUCGAAAAUUAACUUGAAAACACAUUUGAAUAUACAUACAGGAGAAAAGCCAUUCAAAUGUGACAUUUGUUUGAAACAUUUUUCACGUAAAGGAAACUUGAAGACACAUUUGCGUUGUCAUACAGGAGAAAAGCCAUUCAAAUGUGAUAUUUGAUUCAAAACUUUUCCAUAUAAAGUUCACUUUGAAGACAUAUUUAUGUAGUCCUAAGGAGAAAAGCCAUUAAAAUAUGAUAUUUGUUUGAAACUA